AUGAUCACGACCAAGUCAUCGGGCUUGCACUGUCAGGGCGACCAGAACCAGAGCUCACCGGGAGCGACGACAGCAGCAGCAGCAGCAAACAACAACAACAGCAACAGUCUGACCGCCAACUCGAGCAGCAGCAGCAGCAGCGUCAACCAGAUCAUCAGCACCAGCAGCAAUGCCUGUCUGGCGCAGUCGCCCAGCUCGCCGUACCAGAAGUUCGUCACCAAGUACCGCAUCAAGCUGUGUCGGCCGCUGCGCGAGAUCAUCAUCGAGUCGCACGAGCAGGACGUGGAGAACGUGGACGUGGCCGUGGCGCUCGAUCUGGAAAGCUCGAAGCGUCAGCUGGAGCACCUUCUGCUCAGUCGAACUAAUGCUGCUGCUUCUGCCUCUGCUGCCUCUGCUUCUUCCGGUGGCGGGGCCGUCGGCAGCUUUGAGCGCAGCUACUCGGUGGGCGGCAUAGGCGCGGGAAGUAGUAGCGUCGGAGUGAUGAGCACGCCCACCGUGAUGAGCAGCACUGCGUCGAUCGGUAAUCUGUCGCGGUCGCGCUCCACCUCCAUCUCCAUUCCCAACUUUGAGGAUGGAUUCAUAAUGCUGGAAAACCUGGUGGCCAACUUUGAGUAUCCCUGCAUUAUCGACCUGAAGAUGGGCACCCGUCUGCACGACGACAAUGCGACGGAGACGAAGAAGCAGAGCCACGAGUCGAAGGUCAACGAGACCACCUCGGGGGCGCUUGGCCUGCGCAUCACCGGCAUUCAGCACAUCGACGGCAGCAGUCUGCCGCCCGUGUCUUCGAGUGACACGACGACGACGACGACGACGACAACUUCAGCUACCAGUAAUGAUGAUGAUUGCACGAGCAGCAGCAGCUCAACGUGCUCACAGCCGAAGCAACAGCAGCAGCAGCAGCAGCAGCACGAUUACGAUGAAGGCUUCGUCUUUGGCCUGGACAAUCUAAUCAAGAUUUUCACAAUGUUCAAAAAUGAGUCUAAGGAUGCUUAG